UUUGCGGAAGUCAGGAAGGACGGAUCCUGACGGGUACCGAAGGAGGAUAUUAAUAUUACAAACACGCUCAUGUUUUGUGAUGAUUUGACUUUUAUUCAGCAGUAAAGAUGAGUCGCGUGACACGACUGUUGAAAUCUCUUCAAAAUGAAGCCAAGAAUGGGAGCGAGAAACAGAACAAUUCACCAUCGGCCGAAAGUCUGGAUAUGUCCUCAAUAGAGAAGGCCAGCUUCUUUCAAGGAGAGGAGUAUUCCUCACAUGGUAACCCUCUACACAGCACUGCUCUGGAGGACGAAAGCAGACCCGAUUCUGAUCAUCAGCACAAGGCCACAGCAAAGAAACAGACAUCUAAAGGAAGAGAGAAUGAGGUCCGAGGCGUAACGGAGACUCCUAAGAGACCUGCACGUGCUGUGAAAAAUCUGAAAGCACAGCAGGAAAGUGAAGUGCAAGCACAGAAGAAGAGUUUCAAAGGGAACCAAAAGCCACCAAAGCAGACAGCGCAUACACCGCAAUCUCAACAUUUGCAGACCAUCCCAGAGAGCAGAAAGAAUGGCGGCAAAAGGUCUAAGAGAAAAAGUGAAAGUGCAGCCAGCGACACAUCACCUGACAUAGUUCAUGAGGAAAGCCAAACGCGACCAUCUUUGUCUUCAGAGGACAUAACCGAUGAGGAUGAGAGCUUUCACCUGAGCAGUGAGAGGAAUAGGACAUCCCGUACAAGUCAUAGGUCAUCAUCCAGUCAUCCACAGAAAGGUCAGAAACAGAAAAGGAAAUCUUCAUCUGGAUCCUCAGACAGUCAUAAUCCCAGGAAGAAGCAGAAACCAGGAAGUGUGAGAAAUCCAAGUGAUUUUGAUGUUGUUCUUGAAGCGUUCCAGGAAUUUGUCGCACAAUAUAAAGAAACUGUGAGCUCUGAGGUUGUUAAAAAAGCAAUAAAUGCACUUUCUCACUCAUUUGAGGAGCAGCUCACUGAGAAGAUCACUGCAGUUAAGGAGUUUAACAGUGUAAAGUGUGAAGCUGUAAAGAUUAAUAGAAGCCUAAACCAGAAGAAGACUAGACUAUUGGAAGCCAAAAAUGAACUAAUCAAGAGUAAGGCUGAGAUGAGGAAGCUUGAGAAAGAGCACAGUGAUCUGGAGCAAAGGCUCACAGCUUUGAAACAGGGCACUGCCUUUCUUAACAACCUAAAAGUGCUGAACAGGAGAUACCUUCAACAUCGGAGCACUCACACUGAUGAACCAGAAACGUAUGGACCAUCUUGCAUGCCAGCUAUGCUACUGGAGGCCAGGAGCAUCACAGGGACAGAAAACCUGUUAAAGAACAUCAAUGACAAGCUGCAGCAAGUCUUGGAGGAAACUGCUCACAAAAAGCAUUGCAUGCAGUAAAUCAUAAAUCAGUGAAUUUCUGAAUGUUUAACUUUUUGUUUUUUGGAUGAUUUGUACAAAAGAUUUGAUUGUAAAAAAUUGGUAUCAAAUAAAUAAUUAAAGAAAAAGUGGAGGUGCAAUACUGUUAAAUUAUACAUUAGAAGAUCAUCAGCUGUAUUAUCUGUAACUGCAUGAAAUGGCAAAAAAAUUACUAUAAUUUAUUUACAUGUGCAUUUUAUUAAGGGAAAAAGAAACAUCUGGUUUUUGUGCAGUGGCAAAAGAAAUGGUGUGACUUACAGACAGACAUUUAGUGGUCAAAACCAAAUCCCAGAGUGAAUAAACCAUGAGUGAAAAUAUUA